CUGCGACUGACGGAAGCGGAGCUACUCGCCCGGUCUGAAAAGCGCGAGGCGCUGCCUUGGCUCCUCCCAGAGCAUCAGAGAGCCGCCGGCGUCUUAGGGGAAGCCGACAGGGUAGUUCGGAGCCGCUUCCCCCGCCUGGCCGAGUGUGGCCCAGCGCCGCUGCCGCCCACUUAACUUGCGCGCAGGCCGGUGAAGGCACGAAGCUGGCGAUGUGCGGCUGCGGCAGGAGGUGCGGCCGGGCGACGCCGGGAGCCGCCUCGUCCUCGGGCCGCCGGCUUCCCGCCACGCCGCUCUUGCUGCUCGCCUACCUGAGCUACCUGCUGCUGGGCAGCGCCGCGUUCUGGGCGCUCGAGUCGCCCCGCGAGAGAGACAUGGCGGGGCGGCUGCUGAGUGAGAAGUGGGACCUGCUGGAGAACUACACGUGCCUCGAGAGGGAGGACCUCGAGGACCUCGCCAAGGGCAUCAUCCAGGCCUACAAGAGUGGGCUUUACCUUAAGGGAAACACGAGCCUGGGCAGAUGGGACUUUGUUGGCUCCUUCUUCUUCUCUGUUUCUGCAGUAACAACCAUCGGUUAUGGUAACCUGAGUCCCAGCACGGAGGCUGCACAAGUCUUCUGCAUCUUCUUUGCUCUUUUUGGGAUUCCUUUGAACCUUGUCCUCCUCAACAGGAUAGGACAGCUGAUGCUCUCUGGUGUUCAGCUGUGCGCCUUUCACCUGGGUGAGAAGUUUCACUGGCAGAAAGGGGCAGCUGUCUUGACGCGGACCUGUGCACUGGUUGCUGGCCUUCUGCUGUUCCUUCUGCUACCUCCUCUGUUGUUUACUGCCAUAGAAGGCUGGACCUACGAAGAAGGGUUCUAUUAUUCUUUCAUUACUCUUAGCACAAUAGGCUUUGGAGAUUAUGUAAUUGGCAUGAACCCUGAGCGUACCUACCCAUCCUGGUAUAAGAAUGUGGUGUCUCUGUGGAUACUCUUUGGGAUGGCUUGGCUAGCCCUGAUUAUCAAUCUGUGCAUCAGCUUGCUAGAGAACUCCAGUGGCCUCUGCCGGUGCUGCAAGAGAAGGAGCAGAGACGCAGAGCAAGAGUUAAUAAGUGGCAACCCAAAUGUCACUUUGGAAUCUAAAGAUGGGCAGAACUGCAGCACAAAGGACACUAAGCCUGCGGAGCCAAAUUGAAUGGCAUAUAUGCUUUAUUCCACCAAAGUAUUUUGGCUUUUGCUGGAGGGAAACAUCCAGCUGGGCAGCCCAUCACCAGAGCACCAUUUCGUGGCACUGGCAGAAGUGUGGCUAUGUGAGAUCAUCCAACUCGGACCAGAGUGGAAAUCAAAGUCUGCUCGUUGGGUUGUUCAAGGACUGCCUUACAUAUGAUUUCCUUUCUACAUGCAGAUGAAUCUCUGUGUCAGAGGAAUAACAGGGCCUGUGCCAUCUUAGCUGAAGGGCUUUUACAUCACUGCAAGCGUGGGAGUUGGAAAACCAUGAACAUCACUGUGCAAUUAUGGCAAUGUGUGGGAGGUUUCCCCCCUAUAUCAAGGUUAUUUCUGUGUAGGAAAAAUGUGAAGUGACUGUCUCACCUAUUAACCACUGCUCAAAAUGCUGCUGUGGUAUUGCAACCUAUUGACUUUGUAGGGUUAUCUGCCCAAUAGAAGGCUGAGCAGAUGCUGCCACAGUCCUUGCCUUUAAUAAAGAGCAUUUGUACUCCAAAGCGUGGCAGGUUCUGUUGCAUAUACUUAUCUCAGGUAACUGCCAAGGGGCUAGAAUAAAGUCAACCGGUGCCACUCUCUAGAACCAACACCGUAGAUCCGCCUUUCUCAACCUGUGGGUCCCCAGAUGUUGUUGGACUACACCUCCCAUCACCCCCUAGCUAGCAAGGCCAGAGCUCAGGGAUGAUGGGAGUUGUAGUCCAACAACAUCUGGGGAACCACUGCCAUAGAUAGAAGUGGCGCGCCAAGUGCCCCACUCUCAACUCACCAAGAUGGUCCAGGUCAACGGUAUCAAAAGUUGCUGAGAGAGUGAGCAAGAUCAACAGGGUUGCACUUCCCCUGUCCCUCUCCUGUUAAUGGUCCACCCCCUCUGGGUGACCAGGACUGAUUCAGUCCCAGCUAGAUAAUCUGUUUCCUCUAGGAGGGCCUGGUGCUGCACAGCCGCUACCACCAGAGCCCAGGCCAAUGGAGCAGUCACAGUGCCACUACUUUAAGCACAGCAGGCACCACCUUUGUCAUUGAGAGCUCACCACUUUCCCCACACUAUAUGCAAGUAUCUUUUUUAUAUAUAUGGGGCAACAGGGUUUGAGAACUUACCUGCUGAAUCAGACAAAGGUUCAUUUGGUCUGGUACUAUCAUUUCACUAUCAUGUCUGCCAGUGGGGAUGUGAUAGCUGUUUGUUUCUACCCAGCAUCUCAUAAGUGGUGGCAUCAGGCUUGCCAUUUUUAGAUAUUGCGUGCCAAUAGCCAUUUUGUUGGGGCUCAGUUGGGCGGGGGCCACCCUUACCUUACUAAAACCACCAGAGUCAGACGCAAUAUCCAUAAAGGCAGGGAGGAGGGGGAAGAAGAAAAAGAUGGCAGAGGGUGCUAGUGGUAAUAAUAAUAAUAAUAAUAAUAAUAAUAAUAAUAAUAAUAAUAAUUUUUAUUUAUACCCCGCCCUUCCCGGUUCAGAAACCUGGGCUUAGGGCGGCUAACACUAAAUUUUAAACACUUAAUUGCAAUACAACCUAAAAGCAGCAUAGAAGCCAUAGAAGCAAUAGCAAUCCUGUCAUGGAGGCAGCAGCUAAUUCCAGUUUCCUUCAUUGGGAAUAAAUGCCUAUGAGUGAGUGCACCAAGGAGGCAAGAAAUUGAAAAGCAUAUGGAAAGCAAACCCAGAAGAUGGAUGAAAGAAAAAACUGUGUUAUAAUAUACCGUGGUCAUUCUGGCAGAGACCAAAGGGGCUUCCUUCCUGUCCCUAUCUGGAGAACCACAGGCUUCCCUUCUCUGGGCUAAUCAAUGUUAAAGUGAUUUAUGCUUGUGUCCAUCACAACAUUUUCUGGAAUGCUCCCCCCCCCCCCACUCGCAUUUCAUUUAUGUACCUCUUCCACUGGCACCCUCAUCCCAUCCAUCUGCACACUUGCACCAUAUUUGGCUGCUGGUGAUUUUGAUGCAACUAAACAGCAUUUGCUUCUUUUCCCCAAACUCUAGCUUUUGUACCAUUAGGCAUUGUCCCAUUGUAAUUUGAUCAUCUCACCUAAUCUGUCUGCAAAGAUCCCGUCAGCACGUCAGAUUCUCUGUUGCUUCCGGCAAGUUUCUGCUGUUUCCCAGGGCUUUGGAGUGGGGUGAGGUAUUCCUAGCAGAAGGAGAUUUGUAUCAUAAAGGGUGGAAAAAUCACCCACAGAACAGUUGUCUGCCAAAACCGGGAAGGUUAUUCGUUCAAGGGUGACUAAAGAAAAACAUGCCCACUCAGCUGCUUGUUGCAGAUGACUGGGAUUCUUCCACAAUCUCCAUUGGAAAAUUACAGGAGAUACUUUAAGGUCUUUAAAAGGUUUCUUCUGAGGCCAUGCAUGUGGUUUUGCUUAAACAACCAUGUAAUUAAUUUUUUUUUAAUACAAUGCUUAUUGAAAGUUCCGCAACCAAAUAAAUAGUUCACACCCUGUGAAAACAUACAUUAGCAUUCAAAACAAGUGACCAGAAAGUUUAAGGAAAUUCCAGCACUUGUUUCCCAGUUUCUAAAGAAGCUUUUUAGAUUGCACAAGCACUUGAAAGUGAACGAAGUUAUCAUGCAUCAACAUUAUGCUUGGGUGCAAUGGUGGUAGGCAAGAUAUUGGCCUGGUUUGUACAUCAUGUUGAUCCAAACUAUGGCUUAGUGCUAAUGUACGAGUUUAGGAUGAAGAGUGAGAUGAUGAAGAUUAUAAUUAUAAUCAUAGUUAUAAUUAAUGUAGUUUACUUACUAUUUUUGUGUGUGUGAUUGUGGUGGAAUCCUAAUCAAUAAAGAUUAUUUUCCA